AUGGCGCUCCUGCUCGUACCGUCAGGUCCGCACUGCUUGCGUCGGUUCACUCGCGAAUCCCUGGCUGCUAUUGAGAGGCGGAUCGCUGAGGAACAGGCAAACAGCGCGAGGAAAGAUCACAAAGAGGAGAGUGAGGAGGAAAAGCCCAGUCCUCACGUCGACCUGGAAGCAGGCAAGCAGCUGCCACUCAUCUACGGCGAUGUCCCAGCAGAGCUCAUUGGUCAGCCUUUGGAGGAUCUCGACUGCUUCUACAACAACAAGAAGACAUUUAUAGUCAUCAACAAAGGGAAGACCAUUUUCCGUUUCAGUGCCACGCCUGCAUUGUACCUGCUGACGCCUUUUCAUCACGUUAGAAGGAUAGCUAUUAAAAUUUUAGUACAUUCAUUGUUCAAUAUAUUCAUUAUGUGUACUAUUUUGACCAAUUGUGUGUUCAUGACCAUGUCUGACCCUGCCCCAUGGACAAAGAAUGUUGAGUACACUUUCACUGGCAUUUACACUUUUGAAUCAAUGAUAAAAAUAUUGGCAAGAGGAUUCUGCAUUGAUGAGUUCACCUUCCUUCGAGAUCCAUGGAAUUGGUUGGAUUUCAGUGUUAUUUUAAUGGCGUACAUCACAUCAUUUGUACACCUAGGUAAUGUUUCAGCUCUUCGAACAUUCAGAGUAUUGAGAGCUUUGAAAACCAUUUCAGUAAUCCCAGGCUUAAAAACCAUUGUAGGUGCAUUGAUACAAUCCGUGAGAAAGCUAGCCGAUGUCAUGAUUCUGACUGUGUUCUGCUUAAGUGUCUUUGCACUCAUUGGUCUUCAGCUUUUCAUGGGGAACUUGCGUCAGAAAUGUGUGCAGGACUGGCGAAUAUUCGGUGAGACUGUGAUUAAUGAGACAGGGGAUUACAUUUGGCCCUGGAAUGAAACAUUCGAAGAAUUCAUUAACAACAAAGAAAACCACUUGUAUCUCGAGGGCAAAAAGGAUGCCUUACUUUGCGGAAACAACACAGAUGCUGGGAAGUGCCCUGUGGGUUAUACAUGUUUGAAAGCUGGGAUGAACCCAGAUUAUGACUACACCAGUUUUGAUAACUUCGGCUGGGCCUUUCUCUCUCUCUUUCGCCUGAUGACCCAGGACUUCUGGGAGAAUCUUUAUCACCAGAUUCUGCGAUCCGCUGGAAAGGCGUACAUGCUGUUCUUUGUCUUUGUCAUCUUCCUCGGGUCCUUCUAUCUCAUUAACCUGAUCCUGGCUGUCGUCGCCAUGGCCUACGAUGAGCAAAACCAGGCCACCAUUGCAGAGAAAGCCCAGAAGGAGAAAGAAUUCCAGCAGAUGCUGGAACAGCUCCGGAAGCAGCAGGAACAGGCAGAACAGCAGUUGAGCAGACUGGGGAAUGAGACAUUGUCGAGAAGUUCCUCCGAGAGAUCGCAUUUAAGUUCAAGAUUUCGAAGCAUGAGGCCUCGGAAUGACAAAGAACUUGGGAAACUUCAUGAGGGAAUAGAUGAAGAAAACGAACUGAGGUCAGCAUCAGAAGAAGGAUUACCACGGAAGCCUCUCAUGACGCCCAUCCUGUCGAACCGCCACCCGCUCAGGCGGAGCAGUAUUUUCCGAUACCGGACUCAUUCCGCUGAUGCCGCCAUGGAGAACAUCUUCUCGGACGACGAGGGCAGCGUCUUUGAUGAUACUGAGAGCAUCAGAGGCUCUUUGUGCCUCCCCCAGCUGUACAGGACCAACAGCAACCAGAGCCAUGGGAGCCACCGUUCGGUGCUGGCAGCAGGCGGGCACUAUGGCGGGCGCAGGAAGCUGCACAGUGCCGUCGACCAGAAUGGCGUGGUGUCUGUGGUAGGAGGGCCCCCCAUCUCCCCAACCACACUGCUCCUCCCUCAAGUGACUGUCGACAAGCCAAUUGCGGAAGACAAUCAGUCUUCCCCCUCGGAGAAUGAAAUGAGUAAGAAGCAUUUGCUGACGGAUCAUCGGGUCUCUGUGAGUUACCUGGAGGAGACGUACCAUAGGGAGCGAGCUGUCAGUGCAGCUAGUGUUCUCACCAAUACCCUGGAAGAACUUGAAGAAUCCCAUCUGAAGUAUCCCCACUGUUGGUAUUACUUUUCCCAAACCCUUCUCAUCUGGAACUGCUGCCCAUUGUGGAUAAAAAUGAAGAAGAUAUUGAAAUAUAUCAUGAUGGAUCCUUUCCUGGACCUGGCGAUCACCAUCUGUAUCGUCUUGAACACCGUGUUCAUGGCCUUGGAGCACCGACCCAUGUCCGAGGAAUUUGAUAACAUGCUGUACGUUGGGAAUCUGGUCUUCACUGCCAUUUUCACAGCUGAGAUGGUCUUAAAAAUCCUUGCCUUGGAUCCUUACUACUACUUUCAGCAGGGUUGGAACAUAUUUGACAGCAUCAUUGUUUGCCUGAGCUUGGUUGAGCUGGGCCUAGCCAGAGUGGAUGGUCUGUCUGUGCUGCGAUCCUUCCGACUGCUCCGAGUCUUCAAGCUGGCAAAAUCAUGGCCUACCCUCAACACGCUAAUUAAGAUCAUUGGUAAUUCGAUGGGUGCGUUGGGCAACCUGACCCUCGUACUGGCCAUCAUUGUCUUCAUCUUCGCAGUGGUUGGAAUGCAGCUCUUCGGCAAAAGCUACACUGAAUGUGUUUGUAAAAUCUCCACCAAGUGUACCCUCCCACGUUGGCACAUGUCUGACUUCUUCCACUCGUUCCUCAUCGUGUUCCGUGUCCUGUGCGGUGAGUGGAUCGAGACCAUGUGGGAUUGUAUGGAGGUGGCCGGGCAGCCCUUGUGUAUCCUUGUCUUCAUGCUGGUCAUGGUAAUUGGGAACCUUGUGGUAAUGGCUCAGUGGUUAGCACUGCUCCUGUCCAAUCUCUCUUCAUAACUGAAGCUCUCCAUGGUGCGGGCUUGCUCUGCAGCUCAUCACCCCGUGGACCUCCUGCUUAAUUACUCUUCGGAGGAACUCCCUACUCCCAGGAGGGGUAAAUGCCAGGGGAAGUGCCAACAGCUUGCUGCACCUCGAACGGCUCUUGCUCAGAACCUGGAAGGCCGGGGAGACUUUGCGUUGAAAAAUCAUGCCGGUGUGAUUGAAGACGUAAGUUGGGAGCUCCACCAUGGCUUUCUCUUCCAUGGAGGGGUCAGCCCUCUUGCAGAUGCUCUGGAAGGAUUCCACGCUGACCUUCUUUAUGAAUCUGAUGCCGCGAUGGAUGCGGGCGAAGGCGAUCUGGAGAUUGUUCAUCUCGCCGUCCUCAUCUGGAGAGCUGAGGUUGUCUGCGCUGAAGGAGCUCAGGAGCAAAGCAAGGAAGAGGUUGAGUACCUGGAAAAACAAGUGAAUGCUAUUAGCGUUUUCUCUUAUUCUCAAACUGUGCCAGUUUGCGAUGACAGGCUUUUGGCCGAGUGCUGGAACAAUGCUUGUGUUCGACGCUUCACCUGCUGUCAGGUGAACAUCUCGACAGGGUACGGGAAGGUCUGGUGGAACCUGAGGAAGACCUGCUACAAAAUUGUGGAGCACAACUGGUUCGAGACGUUCAUCAUCUUCAUGAUCCUGAUGAGCAGCGGAGCUCUGACAUUUGAAGACAUUAACAUUGAUAAGAAACCAGUGAUAAAGAUUGUGUUGGAGUACCUGGACAAGGUGUUCACCUACGUCUUUGUCCUGGAAAUGCUACUCAAGUGGGUCGCCUAUGGAUUCAAGAGAUAUUUCACAAAUGCCUGGUGCUGGCUGGAUUUCCUUAUUGUGGCUGUCUCUGUAGUCAGCCUAACGGCUAAUGCCCUGGGAUACGCUGAACUAGCUCCCAUAAAAUCUCUUCGGACACUCAGAGCUUUGAGACCAUUAAGAGCCUUGUCACGAUUUGAAGGGAUGAGGGUGGUAGUCAAUGCGCUGAUUGGUGCCAUCCCAUCCAUCAUGAAUGUUUGCUUCGUCUGUCUCAUCUUCUGGCUCAUUUUUAGCAUUAUGGGAGUCAACCUCUUUGCAGGCAAAUUCUAUAAGUGCAAGAAUCUGACCAGUGGCGAGACAUUUCCCAUUAACGUCGUCAACAACAAGACUGAAUGCAACAUGCUGAACAGCUCCGAUGUCCGAUGGCACAAUGAGAAGAUCAACUUUGACAACGUCAUGAUGGGCUACCUCGCUCUGUUGCAGGUGCCCACCUACCGAGGGUGGUGUCGGAUUAUUCACCUUGGAGCAGAGGAGACUGAGAGGGAAGAGCGACCGGAAUUUUACGUGAACAAGCUAGGGUAUGUUUCAUAUUUGUGUUUUAUUCUUUUAAAUGGAAUAUACGGAACAUAUUUUAUUCUUAAUCUACUAAUAGGAUUGGAUGCCCCAAACUUCAGACAACAAGAGGAGAAAAUAGGAGGUCAGGACAUCUUCAUGACAGAGGAACAGAAAAAAUACUACAAUGCUAUGAAGAAACUGGGUUCAAAGAAGCCCCAGAAGCCAACCCCCAGGCCUGUGAAUAAAUUCCAAGGACUAAUCUUCGACCUGGUUACAAAGCAAGCCUUUGACAUUUUCAUCAUGUUCCUGAUCUGCCUCAAUAUGUUGACGAUGAUGGUGGAGACAGAUGACAUGGAUCAGUACAAGAAGAACAUACUCUUCAUCAUCAACAUGAUCUUCAUUGUGCUCUUCACCGCUGAGUCCGCUCUCAAAAUCAUCGCCCUUCGGCAGUACUUCUUCACCAUCGGUUGGAACAUAUUUGAUUUUGUGGUGGUGAUCCUUUCCAUUAUCGGUAUCGUGCUGUCCGACGUCAUCGAGAAAUACUUUGUGUCGCCGACACUCUUCAGGGUCAUUCGGCUGGCACGGAUUGGGAGGAUACUCCGUCUUAUCCGGGGGGCAAAGGGGAUAAGGACAUUGCUAUUCGCCUUGAUGAUGUCCCUGCCCGCCCUGUUUAACAUUGGCCUGCUCCUGUUCCUGGUCAUGUUCAUCUACGCCAUUUUCGGAAUGGCAAACUUCGCCUACGUUAAGCAGGAAGAUGGCAUCGACGACAUGUUCAACUUCCAGACUUUCGGGAACAGUAUGAUCUGCCUGUUCCAGAUUACCACCUCAGCGGGCUGGGAUGGGCUGCUGAGCCCCAUUCUCAACACCGACAGCCCAGACUGUGACCCCAAGAAAGAGAACCAAGGCACCAACAUGAGAGGGGACUGCGGGAACCAGUCGGUUGGCAUCGUCUUCUUCGUUAGCUACAUCAUCAUCUCCUUCCUCAUUGUGGUGAACAUGUACAUCGCCAUCAUCCUGGAGAACUUCAGCGUGGCCACAGAGGAGAGCUCGGAGCCUCUCAGCGAGGACGACUUCGAGAUGUUCUACGAGGUGUGGGAGAAGUUCGACUCGGAGGCCACGCAGUUCAUUGAGUACUCGGCCCUCUCGGAUUUCGCCGACGCCCUCAAAGAGCCCUUGAGGGUGGCGAAGCCGAACAAGAUCAAACUGAUUGCCAUGGACCUGCCCAUGGUGAGCGGGGACAGGAUCCACUGCCUGGACAUCCUCUUCGCCUUCACCAAGCGGGUGCUGGGGGAAUCUGGGGAGAUGGACGCGCUCAAGCUGCAGAUGGAGGAGAAAUUCAUGGCGGCCAACCCGUCGAAAAUCUCCUACGAGCCCAUCACCACCACCCUGCGGAGGAAGCAGGAGGAGGUGUCCGCCACGGUCAUCCAGCGGGCGUACAGAAGGCACCUACUGCGGCGCUCGGUCAAACAGGCCUCGUUCAUGUACCGCCACAGAACCAGCGACAUCAACACCGUGGUGGAAGAGGCCCCCGAGAAGGAAGGGCUCAUCGCGGUGAUGAUCAAGGAGCACUACGGCCCUGGGCUGGAGAGGUCAGAGACAAUGUCCUCCUCCUCCUCCCCACCAUCUUACAACAGCGUCACCUGUGCAGUCAGUGACAGCGUCCAAGUGAAGGUCUUUGAGCCCGAGCCUGACUGCCAAAUAGACCCAAAGAGAAUUCUCGAUAAAGACAGGGAGUCUUUAGUGUAAAGAGAAAGGCGAGCUCUCUGAGAUGUUCCUGUUUACACACACACACACAUACACACACACACACACACACACACACACACACACAAAAUAAAACAAAAAGGAACGAUACGCAAAGUCAUUUGUACCAGUUAGAUGUGGAAGAUUAAGAGAGAAGAUUAAAAAAAGGCGAGGCUAUUGUUUUGCUUCACUUCUUCAGUGACGAUUCAGAGUUCAGAGCACACGAUGUGACUGAACUUUGACCAUGGUCCUGACAGCUUUGCUUCAAGCUUCAAACAACGAGAGAGUUGGAGGGACCGCACACACAAAGUUGUGGCACUAACUUUACUGACCAUAGACAAGGCUGGGGGCAGAACUCAGCAACAUGAGGCUCCCACUAUUCACAAGCGAUAGUGACUGAUUGUACACAUUUAUUUGAAAUAUCAUUACGAUGGUGUGUCUCCUCCUGGUUAUGUAUCAUCUGCA